AUGGUCCCGGGGAUCCUCCCACCACUCGCGGUGAACUGGGCCCGACUGAGCUGCGCACUGCCCUCGUCAGCCCAGCACGGGCACGCCGACAAAAGUUGGGAGGGGAACCUCAAAAUACAAAAGUUGGCGACCAGUCCUCUGCGCGUCCAGCAUUGGCGUCAUCCCAUUCCAGCGGAGUUUCGGGUCAUGGAACGAGGUACCUAUGCCGAUGUGGAGGUGGGUGGGUGGGGAUGCAAGGACGACGACGGCGGGGAGAAGAAGGUGACGUGCUUUCUCGCCAGCUGUGGCACGACCAGACUUGUUCAAGUCGCUAAAUCAUUCAAAGUUAGGCAGAUUCUAGCUUGUCCUUAUCCUUAUAAACUAACUACUCCCUUUGGGGUCAUGGGUUGGAAUAUGUGUCCCGAUGUUGACAAUGAUAAACAACAGGUGGCUAUAAAGACAUCCAUCAAGGUUGACAAGCACAUGAAGAAGGAGUUCACCGAUGAGGUUAUAAUCCAAUCUGCAAUGAGGCACAAGAACAUUGUCAUGCUCCUAGGCUGCUGCUUAGAGCUGGAUGUUCCCAUGUUGGUGUAUGAGUUUGUAGCGAGAGGGAGUCUGUAUGAUGUUCUCUUCAAGUGCAGAGAUAGGAUUCUAGCGGGCACACGACUGAGGAUUGCUAUUGGGUCAGCCGAAGGCUUAACAUACAUGCAUUCAGCAGGGGAGAGUACAAUCCGUCAUGGUGAUGUUAAAUCUGCCAAUAUCCUUCUGGACGAAAAGUUCACCCCAAAAGUUUCAGACUUUGGGACAUCAAAGCUACUCGCAAGAGGAAAAGCCGAGAUGACAGAACAUGUCAUUGGGGACAUGAGCUACAUAGAUCCAGUAUAUAUGGAGCAAGGGAUCGUCACAUAG